AUGCUGCUGCUGCUGCUGUGCAGGUCGCUGUUGAGACCUUACACUGGGAAAGUAUUGUAUCGUGCUGCAAAGCACUCCAGCGCCACCUAUCUACAGAGCUUCAUAUUGCAGAAUACAGAGGUGGUUACGGAGCACCUGACCCCAGAGAUCAGAUUACUGCUGCUCACCCCACAGUGUAAAUACUGGCACCUCCGCCCUGAGCACUGGCCCUAUGGCGACCCCUACUGGGCUAUAUACUGGCCGGGAGGACAGGCUCUGGCCAGGUAUCUGCUGGAUAAUCCGGAUGUUGUAAAUCGCAGGAGGAUCCUAGAUCUUGGUAGCGGAUGUGGAGCCGUUUCUAUUGCCGGGAAAAUGUCUGGAGCCUCCUAUGUUGUAGCCAAUGAUAUUGACCCAGUUGCAGGGGCAGCAUUCAGCCUGAAUUGCCAACUAAACCAAAUAGAUAACUUGGAAUUUAAUCCAAAUAAUAUAAUUGGGAAAGCUGCAGGACGCUGGGAUCUGAUUGUACUGGGUGACAUGUUUUAUGAUGAGCAGCUGGCCGAUUCUCUUCACCGGUGGCUCAGACGUUGUAUGCAGCAGCAUGGGACCACAGUUCUUAUUGGAGACCCCGGGCGAGGGCAUUUUCUUGGGCAUCCCAUACAGAAACAACUGCGGAAAGUGAUAGAAUAUUCCUUACCAGAGUCAAGUAAGGAAGAGAACUAUGGGCUGACCACCAGUGCGGUGUGGAGAUAUGAACCUGGAUAUCCAUGAGUUAUGCCUAAGACUUCAGGGCCAUCUUGGCGAUAGGCCAUCAAUCCAUUUUGCCUGGAAACAUUUCCCACAAAUCAAAAAUAUGGCCCAAAAUGUAUGGCCAGCGGAUAGGGUUGGGGCUUCGAAAACAGCCAAGUCAGCUGUUUUACGCAAUUUACGUAACCCCCAUUGACAUUUAUUGGAGGUGUGUGAACAGCUUAGCACUGCAAGUAGAGAUGAGCGAACUUACAGUAAAUUCGAUUCGUCACGAACUUCUCGGCUCGGCAGUUGAUGA